AUGUUUGAUAAGAUUUUUAAUUCGAAUGAUGGCGAUGAACCACAAAAGCUACAACUCUCUUAAACUCGACGCGUUUUGAACGGUGAGAGUCACGUGCAGAGCGAAUCGUGCCUUCCCCUUACAUCGCGCCUUCCACUUUGACACAUUCACAAAAAUGGCACCUACUGCAUAAGGGCAGCAGGCUUCAGUGCUCUUCAUAGUGCCUACCUUUGCGUUCGAUCAAAUCUAGAAACAUCUCAACAAUCAUCUUUUUAACCAUGGAUCCUGUCACUCCGACGUCCCUAGUAAGGCCUCAAGAAUCGUCUCAUAGACGCCCAUUAACAGCAGAGGAAGAGGCGAAGAAAGCCUCUGUCGCAAGAAUUUAUCAACCCAGGCGUCCCACCCCGAACUUCAAACUGAAACGACAAGCUAAAUUGCAGAAUGAAGUUGUAUCUCUCCACGUCACCAAAUCAACUCUUCUCCAACCAGAAGGAAAGGUUGGUGGAGUGAGCCGAACAAACGAUGCGGAACGCGUUGUUGACGAAUCUCGUCCACGAAACACUCAUCAGUCCCAGCUUACGCAGGCUAGAUCACAAUUGCAGACUCCUCUGUCCAAAGUCGAGUCGAGCUCAGGAGCAAAGAUAUCGUUCACAUCAGCAGUAGCAGACUCUCCACGUGUCUCAAAUGAGCCACUACACCAUUACCAGUGGACAGGGAGAAGAGAAGCUCAGAAAACACGAGAUAUCUACCGGCUUCCUGAGGACGAUCCAAGUGACGAACAAACGCUAUUCCAAGAACCAAGAACAAGCAGCUUUCGAUAUCCAUCCGAAGACCCAGCAUUCGCGCCUUCGAGCCUCGCGGGCGAGACCCUUGAACAAUGUCUGAGACGUCGACAUGACACCUCAUCAGCACCUAUCGAUGAGCCACAGCAUAGAAAUACAUCGCCUGCCAGCACUAAUUUCGCGGAACAGGGGGAUGAUGUGGUGGGUAUUGAAGGAGCAGAGCCGAAUAUAGAUUCGGAGAACGAACUUGAUGAUGUGGAUGUUAUGCUUCUCGGUCUAGAUCUAGCUGAAGACCAUGUCCCUGGUCCAUCUGUACUCUCUUUGAGCAGCACCAAACGGCCUCGAGCUACACCACGCGAGGAAACUCCAAAUUUCCAUCAAAUGCAAAAUGAUGGUGAACAUGAAAGCGAGCAGGAGACUGAAACACCUCUUUUGAAGAGACGGAAACGAAGUAAUCGUAGAAAGCGUGUCCAGGAAAGACAUAGUGAGAUCCUGAAAGCACUUACAAGUCGAAGACAGGCAAAGUCUGCUCGGAAGCUAUUUCAGAAGACUAGUGCCCCAAGGAAGUCACAAGCAUCAAAGAAACUUCGACGUCUUCCAGUGGGCGAGCUUGUGACAAUCUCACAGCAACUUGACGAGUCUGAUUUGGAUUUUCCUGAUAGUCCCCCUUUAGAAGUGUCUCAAGAUCCCGUCUCGCAAUUAAGCGAAGACGAAUCAGAAAGUGGCCAUCAUAGAAAACAUAUCGUCAAGUCCAAAAUCACAAAGAGACGACAUAAAGGUUUAGGUCUUAUCGAUACCUCUCAGUUCCGCUUACCAAAGCCAUUAUCACCACGAUCUCGAUCUGAUUAUCUCCGCACACCUUCGUAUUCUGAUGGCUUCGAGGGGAGAGAAGCUACACCAAUUGGUCGAACCAUGCCAAUCAGACGCCCAGCCUACCGAAAAGAGGCUGUUCACAGGAUCGCAGUCAGGCUUUCUGAGUUGACUCUGGUGACCGAGAAGCCCUCUUUACCAUCGAAAUCGACUCGCAGUCAUUACCGAAAGAAGAAUGAACUGCAAUCCGCCGUGCAUUCACAAGCUCAACCAGACAUAGUGAAUGCGCAGAUUGAAGUGCAAGCCUCUACGCCGCUUGCUAAAGAUGAAUCAAUUGCGCUUGAGCCUCAAUCCCAGCAGGCGACUGGGCAAGAGAAUUUUUGGCCUCAAAUUGAACCCGAAGAAGCAAUCGAAGUGAUAACCGAAGAGCAACUCGAGAAAGCAAUCGAAGAAGAAGAAGAACUCGAACGUGAGUAUGAAGGUGCACUACAGCCAUCGAUCGAGGGGAAAGAAGAUGAUCAGACAAUUGUGGCUGACCAACACUUGCCUGGUGGAACUUUGAACAACUUGCCAAAUGAGAAUCUUCCUAACUUGAUUCUACCCGAGCUUGUGACCCCAGGUGUCUGUUCAAACUAUGAGCCGACUUCCGCACAAUACGCCAGUACGACUUCGCCACUAAAGCGGAAACUGCAGAAUGAGGUACUUGAUACAACGAGAAUAAAGGCCAGUACCAUGCCAAUCAUUCACACUGUUGCUGAGAAGCGCCAUAAGGUUGCACAUUCUCAAUUCGAUCAUACCAUUUCAACCCCUAAGACCUUGAAACAGGCCAAGGCGGAUAUGGAAGCAAUGUAUGAGUUGAGCAUGGUGUCUUUGAGAAAGUAUCAAGUAAGUGAUGACGACGGUAGCAGGGAUGAUAGCGAGUGUGACGAAUUAGAAGGGGACGGACGCCGCCAUAGAAGCGAUGGCAGCCCAUGGACGGCUUCGGACGUCGAACAUGAAAAUGAAAACGAAGAAGAAGAGCCAGCAAGUCAGGAAAUCGGUCCGACAAUGGUCAUUAAGCAAGAGUCCGACCUAUCUCCGGUCGAGUCAACUCCUAGUCUACCAACUCUGACCGAGGAGUCUUCAACGCCAAGUCGAAGUCUCAAUGCCUUGACUAGAAAGGCCAGCGCAGGUAUGGGAACAUUGCCGGCAAGUGCAAGUCGUAGAACGAUGUCAAUGCCUUGGAAGCCUCCCUUCAAGAAUGCUUGGAAGAUGCACGAGAGGGCCGAAGCUUGAAUGCAUGUAUGUGUUGGAGGAUUAUCUGAGAUGUAUAUUAGCUUUAGCUAUUCUAUACGGGAGACGGAAUGCUCUUAUGCUCUGUAAUUAGACAGUGCUAAUUUUGUUUCAAAAGCUCUAUCAUAUAGCUUAUCAAUAACUAAUAAUACGUACGGGUUAUUCGAUU